UGUCUGAUGAAGCUGUGCAGCAGGAAAAUAGUUCUCGAAAGCUUCACCAAAUGAGCUCUCCCACUCCUCUCGCAGCUCUCUGUUCUCGUGCUAGAUUUCGCCUUCUACACCGCCAAAAAUCGCUCCUUUUUCUCGCGGUGGAACUGCUGGAUGCAAAGGACGUUAAGCUCACAUUGGAGCCGGAGGGCCAUUUCUACUUCUCUGCUACCACUGGAGCUCGAUUUUGAGUUAUUCGAUAAGGUCGAUUUAGAUGAGAGCAAGGCUACUGUUGGUUUGAGGAUCAUAUGGUAUCUCAUCACGAAAACUGAGAAGAAAUGGUGGAGCCCGUUGUUAAAGCAGCAAGGGAAGCCUCCUGUUUAUUUUAAAGUUGAUUGGGAUAAGUGGAUUGAUGAAGAUGAUGAGGUUGGGGAUAUGAAGCUUGAUGACAUGGAUUUCUCGAAGUCGAAUAUGGGCAGCGCGGAUGAUGAGCUUGAUGGUCAUGAAGAUAAUGAGUUGACUGAUACUGUUGAUAAGGAUGAAGUACAGGUACUGAUUUAAUGCUCCGGGAUCAUUUAGAGGCCGAAUAGCGGUUCGAAAUGGCAUUCCCAGUUUGACGAAGAGGCG